AUGUUAAAGCAUUUGCUAGUGGCAUGGCUGCUAGUCAGCGUGUCUUUACAAUUUAAGACAUCUACAAGAACGUAGAUAACACCUUUGGAAUCAAUUUUAUCUAUUGAUCCCUCUGGAUGGACUUGUGAAAGUCCAAAUUACAAAGAAUAAUUGGGAGCACAGCAUGACAUUGAUUAAUGGAUAGAUAUAGUCAAACACAAGGAUGGAUUUGAUGGAGAUUUGUAGGUUUUGGCUAUGGUCAAAGCUUUGGUUGAUAGAGUUUUGUUAACAGUCUAACACAUUUAAGGAGAGUCAUUUAUUCAAGUUAAGUAGUUGCAUCAUUAGAUUUCAAAGCAUUUCAAAUCACUAUCUCAAAUUGAAUCGACAUCUUCAUGGUAUGAUAUAAACGAUAUUUUGGGAUAUUUGGAAGUACUCAAUAAAGCAAAAAGUAUUCAUUAUUUUUAUAUGUAUUAGGUGAAGAAGACAAGUUGUAGUUGGCUUAAACUAUUGCUACUAAGAUUUCAGAGUUGAUUUAACAAAUAACAGAAAUCUAAUUAUAAUUAAAUACUAUUCCAAUUGAUAUUGAUUAACUUUAUGAUCUAGCUACAAGAGUUAAUGAGAAAACAUCUUAAUGUAAAGAUUAUUGGGCAGAUUAAUUGGAAGCUGAUGCUAAAGCUGAAGAAGAAGAAAGAAGAAAAGAAUAAGAAUAAGAAGAAGCCAGAUUAAGAGCAGAAGAAGAAGCUAGAGCAGCAGCUGAAGCAGCAGCAGAAGAAGAAAGAAGAAGAGAAGAAGAAGCAAGAGAAUUAGAAGAAUUAAAAAAUAGAGUUGAUAUCACUCCUGAAGAAGCUGAAUUAUUAGAAUAAGAAGCUGAAAAAGAAUUAGAAUUAGCAGAAGAAUUAGAAAAAGAAGCAGAAUAAGAAUUAGAUGAGGCAAAAUAGGCAGAAUAAGAAGCUGAGACAGAAGCUGAAAGAGAUGCAAGAGAGGCAUAAGAAGCAGCUGAAAGAGCAGCAGCAUCAUAAUAAGCUUUGGAGGAUGCUUAAAAUAGAGAAGAGGAAGCCUGUUUAGAUGCAGAUGAGGCUUAAAGAAGAUUAAAAGAAGCUUAGGAGGCUGCUGAAGAAGCAAAAAAAAGAGCAGAAGAGGCAUAAAGAUUAGCUGAUGAAGCUUAAAAAGCUAAAGAAUGUGAACCAGUACCUGAACCAAUAUCAGAAGAGGAAGAAGAAGAAGAAGAAGAAUUUACAUGGGAAUCAGAAGAAGAAGAUGGAUGUGGAGAUGAUGUAUUAGAAGAUUUAAUUGAUACAUUAAUUGAUGCAGCAACAGGACCUAGUGCUUAUUAACCAAGUUGCGGAUAUCCUGGAUGUUAAGAAUAACCUAUUAUUAUUAUUGUUGAAGAUGAUGAAGAUGAACCUAAACCUUAACCAUAACCAGAACCUUAACCAUAACCAGAACCUUAACCUGAACCAGAAGAAGAACCAGUUGAAGAAGAACCAGUUCCAGAUGAUGAGGUUGUUGAAGAACCAGAGGAAGAAACAGAGGAAGAGGUAGAAGUUGAACCAACACCUGAUGAUGAUAAAAUUGUUGAAGAAGAAGAAAUUAUUUAUGAAGAAAUUUUUGAAGAAAUUUUUGAAGAAAUAGAUGAUGACGAUGAUUUUGGUAGAUUAGAGUUUGAUGAGCCAUUAGAAUAAAUUGUUUAUACUUUAGAUGAAAAAACUGAUAGUGUUGUUACUUAAGAAACAUCACCAUGGGAAAAAGAUGUUGAAGAUGGACCUGAUAGUAAAAUUAAAAAAUCUGUUGAAUAUAGUUAUGGUUUGUGGACAUACUUUAGAUAUAAUGGAAAAGUUAAGAUUUCUGAAAAGAAAGAAGUCUUAGCAGUAGGAGGAAUCAGUGGAGAUGAUACAAAUAGAUUACUUACAACUAUUGGAGAAGGAUUCUAUAAUUUCUAAGUAUUUGAAGGAGAUGUUGUUACUGAAUUAUAAUUAGAUUAUGGAAAGUAUUUAGAUGCUGAAUGGAUAUAUGUUUAUUUCGGAUAUAAAGAAGGUAAAGCUAAUGGUUAUAUCUAUUGGGGUAGAACUUAAGUGAUUAAAACUGUUACAUUCACUGUUACUUAACCAGCUAUUGUUAAAACUAUUAGAUUUUAAUCAGGAAUUUGGAGUGGAUACAAAGGAUUCAAUGGAGUCAUCACUAAUGUUAGAGUUGUCUUGAACAAGAAUUCAUUUGUAGAGACAGAGGAAGAAAUGAAGACACUCAUUGAAACUAAAUACACUGUACCAACAGAUCCAGAUUUGGAAUAUAAAGAAGAAUAACACUAUGAUAAGGUUGAAUAUGAUGGAUUAGUCACAGAACCUAAAUUCCAUUGGGAUUUGAAUGGAUAUAGAGAAUAUUCAGUAUCAACUUGGUUUAGAUAUGUCAGAAGAACUGAAAGAGCUCAUCAAGUUAUAUUUAGAUUUACAUCAAAUGAACCAGAUUCAGGAGUUGUUGCUCAUGGAGAAAAGACACUUUCUUUAUGGUAAACUGAAUAAAAUGAAUACGAAUUUUCUACUUAUACAGUUGAAGAGAAAGACAAGUUCAGUGAUAUUGUUGAAACAGUAACUAUUGAUUAAGAAUCACAAUAAUUAUGGACAUAUGCAUACUUUGGAUACAAUAAUGGAGAUUUCUAAUAUUAUAUUGAAUGGCCCGAAAGCAAAGCUGAAAAAUAAUUUAAAGGAUGGCAUGUUGUCGCUAAAUAUUGGGCAUUAUAUUUGGGAUAAGGAUUAAAGUAUUUCUUCCAUGGUAAAACAGCAUAUACAACAAUCAGAUUUGGAAAAGGAGCAUGGGGAUAAGCUACUGAUUUUGAUGAUUAUAAGAUUGGUAAGAUUAAAUUAUGGCCAGGAGUUUAAUUAAAGACAUAUGAAGCUAAAUGGAUGGAUCACAAAACAGAAUCUGAAUAUGAUACAUUACUUCAUGAUGAACCAGAUUGGGUAACAGAUGGUGUUUAUGAAUAUGGUUUCGGUAUGUGGACUAAAUUCUUCAUCACAAAUCCUUCUAGAAUUUAUGAAAAACCUGAACGUAUCUUAGUGGGAAGAUUAGGAUUCACAGAUUAAGAUGAGGCUGAAUUUGCUGUAUAUAUUGGAAAAGGAAACUAUGAAUUCUGGGCUAGUUCAUCAAGGCCUGUAAAUUAUGGAAAGAAUUUGGAUGGUUAUUGGAAUUACAUUUAUUUCAGUUAUUCGAAAUUGAAAUAAAUAGCAGUUGGAUAUGUUAAUUUCAAUAAAUUGAAGUAAGUAUAAAGAACAGUAUUUGAUCCAUUUGAUGCUGAUCCUGCUAACAAUUAUGUACGUUUUUAUGUUGGAUAAUGGAAAUCAUCAAGUGUUUAUGGAUUUAAUGGAAGAAUUGCUCAUGCAGUUGUCAGAUUGGGAAGAGGAUCAUUUAUAAAUGAAAUAGAUGAAUAUGAAACAUGGAUUGAAUAAUACAAGGUUCCAGUUGAUGAAGAAUUAGGAACUAAAGAUUAUGAAAUUUAAGGUGCUGAUAAUAAAGAUACUGAAAGUUAUGAGACCUUUGUUUAUGAAGAUGGAGCUAUCGAGACACAAUAAUAUUCAGUUUAUGGAUGGUUCAAAUAUUAUGGUAGUUUGGAUGAUACUGAAGCUCAAACAGUUAUUAGAUUAACCAAUAAUGAAGCAGCAUUUUUGAAAGACGCUGAUUUGUUAGGAGAUAGAACCUUAUCAGUAAUUCAAAAAGGUGGAGAUAUGGAAUUCGGAACAUAUGAUAUAGGUUUUAUUGAUACCGAUUUCACAGUGAAUAGAAAUACAAAUAUAGCAUUAGGAGAAUACAGAGGAAUUUGGAUGUAUAUUUGGGUAGGAUAUUCAAGAUAAGAUGAAUAUGCAGGUUGGUUCUUAGGUUUCCCAGAUAUUAGUAAAGGAGGUUUAUUAAAGAAGGUAUUGCAUUUUUCACCAAAAUAUUUGGCUGUAUAUUUCGGAAAGGAUGGAAUAAAUAAGAACUUUGUUGGUAAAUCGAGACAUGUUCAUGCUUGUUAUGGUAGUACAUAAUGUUGGCAUUAUGUUGACAAGGUAGAAGUAGAAGUUGAUCUUCCAGCAUGGAUUCCAUAUAAAUUAAAUAAUUAUUUUGAAUUCUUUGUAUAAAAUGAUGAUGAUGCUUUGAUUGUUGCAAAAGAUGAUUAACCAGCAUUAGAUGUUGAAUUUACAGAGAGCAAUUUCCCAGGAUCUGAUAUUGAAGCAAUAUAUGAAUAUGGUAUAGGUUUAUGGACAAGAUGGUUGAUGAAUUAUCCAUUCAUAUUAUUAGAGAAAGCUGAAUCUCAUUCAAUAUUUAGAUUCACUACAAAUGCUUAAUAUGAAGAUGCUGAAAAGAAUGGAGACAGAACUGUAUCAGCCUUUGUAGGAAGAGGAGAAUAUAAGUUUAGUACUUAUGAUGCUGUUCUUGAUAAGAAUGAAAUCACAACAGGAACUAAAUUUGAUAAAGAAUUGGAAGGAUAUUGGAAUUUCGUUUAUUUCUGCUAUAAGAGAAUGCCAACAGGACCAAAGGGUAUUGGAUAUGUUUAUCUUACUCAUCAAAAUGUUGUUAAGAGAGUUGAAAUUGAUAGUGCUAAACAUUGGUUAUUAAGAGAUUAUGCUCGACUUGUUAUAGGAAAGAAAGAGUUUGGACAUUCAGCAUUCUAAGGUAAAUUAUUUGAUCCAAGAGCAUUUUUGGGUAAAAGCAGUUACAUUGAUUCAAGUGAAGAUUUGUUGAAUGUUGUUGUUCCUAAAUUCAGACCUUAUCCACCAUAUAAAGAUAAAUAAGAUAAUGAACCUGUGUAAGUUGAAAAAGCAAAGAUGACUCAAAGAGUUUUCAAAUCUUAUGAAGAAAAGUACAGUGGUGUUUUUGAAUACAGUGUUUAUGGAUUUGCCAAAGGUAAUAAAUUAAAGAAUGUUACUGAAUGGACCUCACUUGUAAGAGUCACUCAAAAUACACCAGAUAUUUAAGCUGAUAAUGAUAAUGCAGGAGAUAGAACUCUUUCCAUCUUUAUUGAUAAAGGUGUCUGGUAUUUCAGUACUUAUGAUUAUGGAGAUAUUGAAACUAUAGAUGAUGAUUAAGGAUCAAGUAUAUUUUAUUAUUUAUAUUUUAGUUGACAAGAAAUUUGAUAUUGGUAAAUAUUGGGGCAAAUGGACUUAUUUCUACUUUGGAUAUUCCUUCCAUCUUAAAUAAGCUUAUGCAUAUAUUCGUUAAAUCGAUUAAACAUCUAAUUCCUACCUUUUUGAAGAUGUCUAUCAUUUUGUACCCAACUAUUUGAGUGUAUUCUUCUCUGAAGAUGGUUAUGGCAAAUAAUUUGAUGUAUUCAUAUUUCUUAUAUCCUUAGGGUGAAGCCUUUGAUUGGUAUUUGGGAAUAGGCGAUGGUGCAUUCACCACAACUCCAGAACCUAGAGAAUGGCCUGUUGAUCCUGCUCCUCCUCCAGAUAGAAUACUGUCUGCUCUACUUGCUAACCAAGGAUUUAACUCAGGUAGAAUUAUCAAAGGUGGAGCAACAUUCUUACAAGUUGAAGGAUCUGUCAAUUUAAUUUAAGAGAAUGAAGAAUGAUAUAAUAAAUCAUAAAUUAUUAUUAUUAUUUCAUAAUAAAUUCAUAAUUACUCAUCAUUAUCUUCUUUCAUUAAUUGUAUUGCUUGAGUCUUAAGUGCAUAUAUAAUUUAAUAGAAAUAAAUUUAAAAUAAAUAAACACAUUUAUUUAAUUUUUGCAUCUAUUUAUAUCAAAAAAUAGGUUUUCUUCAUUCAAGCAUUUAAAACUUAUGAUUCACAAUUAACCGUACUUCAAUUUCAUUUUGAUUUUAAUGCGAAUUAGAAAAAAAAAGUAUUUCAUUACUUCUUGAAAAUUCUUAUUCUUACUCAUAUUCUAAACUCAAACGAUUGGUAUCAUCUUCAACUCAAUUUAGUAGUGUAUUUGUAUACCGCUACUAAAUUUGGACUAGAAUUGCAAAUUUUAACCAUAAUGUUACUCUAAACAUACUUCGACUGAA